UUUCUCCAGGUCUCCUUUACUUGCUUUUUUAAAGUAACUUUUUAAAAAGAAAAAAAAAAAUGAUUUCCAGCUUACGAAAGUUUCAAGAGUCCGAGGAACUGUCGUCUGUCUGCCCUUUACCCAGAUUCGCCAGUUGUUUCCUUUCGCCACAUAUUCGGGGGCUUCAGGAAGGUCCCUCUCUCACCCCCAGGACACCCAAAGGAUCUCUCCCACCACCCAUUGACGGGCCUGCACUUCGAGGAAUGAAAAAUUGACAGAAUUAUUAAACUGCAAGUGUUCUCCGGAGGUAACACGUGACUGCGGACUGCCAAUUUUAGACCUUAGAUACCUGAGCUACUGACUUUGCUGUUAUUAACACUUGAAAUGAAUGAGUUUAUUAAACUUAUUCUCAGCGGACCCACCUGAAAGCAUAUCCUUGCGACAAAGGAGAGUUGAUCUGCAGAGAUACAUCCAGCGUGGUGGGUGUCACCUGGCAGGGUUUCUGCAGUUUGGGAACUUGGCUCUCACCAAGGGAAAGCUAGUAUCAAAAAGGGUAAAUGGAAGAGAAGAGAGAAAGAAAAAAAAGCACACAAUUUAAUACAAAACAAAACAAACUACGGGUUCUGACCUUCCACUUCCUCUCUUUGGUGUAAAGAUUUUCCUGAGUGAUUACAAAACAAAAGUCACAGACUCUACAGUCCUUGGUGUGAGAAGCUGGCUGCUAGAGGACUUUGACAGAAAACCUGUAACAAGAUUUCUCUGGCUUUAUCAGCAGAGUUCUAGUUCUGUUUUUUCCACAGCAACUGUGUGGCCUCCAGAGUCCUUUCCCCCUCUCUAAGGAAAGGUGUGGACUGGGAGUCCAUUUGUACCUGCAACAUCAAACACCCAGAGGUCAAGCUCAUGGCCUGUCGGCUGAAUCCUGCAAGCAGACCUGUUUUGUUUUAAUUUUUAAAAAUUAGUUGCUAACAUUAGAAUAUUACAAGAUUUAUUAUAAAAAUCUGUAUUUCCAACUUUUUGAAAAAAUAAUUCAUACUUUCUGUCAACACUGGGCCUAUAGUUCCCAUGUAUCAUCAAAAGACAGUUACUGGAUACACAGAUACCAAGCACCGCAAAAGGCAGACCCUCAUCUUCUCCACUUAGCCCCUUACCUCAUAGGUACCUCGAGGGGCCAUGAUCUGCCUCUCCGAAGCAUGAGAAAAUGUUUUGGGAAGCCACAUUGAAGCCCUUAAUUGAUAUAAAACCUAUGGGAACUGAUUGACCAGAAAAGGAAAUGAGUUUGGCCAUAGAAAUUAAACAAGUAAAUGCUUUCAUCAACACAUGUAAAAAGGAGUUGAUAAAAGAAUAUCGAAAGACCUGUGAAAGGAUAUGAUCAUGAUUAAAUUGGGAUUCUCUGCUGCUUUCCUUCCCUCUUCUCUAGUCCCGUAACUCUUAAUAGUUUUUUGAAAAUAAUAACAGCUACAUUUAUUGAACACAACCCUAUGAGGUUCCAGCUACCUCCCCAGCAAAGAAUCAGCUGGCCAGGAUGAUGCCUGGAGGCUUAACUGACGCCAAACCUGCCACUCCAGAAAUUCAGAAGAUUGCUGAUAAGGUUAGACCACAACUUGAAGAAAAAACAAAUGAGACUUUUCAAGAAUUUGAAGCUGUAGAGUAUAAAACUCAAGUAGUAGCUGGGACAAAUUACUAUAUUAAGGUGUGUGUAGGCAAUAAUCGUUAUGUUCAGUUGAAAGUAUUCGAACCUCUUCCUGGGCAAAAUCAGGAUUUGAUACUCUCUGGUUACCAGACUGAAAAAAGCAAGGACGAUGAGCUGACCGGCUUUUAGCAGCAUGUUCCAAAAGUUGUCCGACUCCUUCCACUGGCUACUAAUUAGUAAUCCUUGCUAUAAAAAUAACCACCAAUAAAGAAGCAUU